UUGUUUCUUUCAACAUCAUUGCAAAGACAUGAAGAGGUCACAUUCUUGUUGUUACAAACAAAAGCUUAGAAAAGGUCUUUGGUCCCCUGAAGAAGAUGAGAAGCUUCUCAAUUACAUCACAAAACAUGGUCAUGGUUCUUGGAGUUCUGUCCCUAAACUCGCCGGUCUCCAAAGAUGUGGAAAGAGCUGUAGACUCAGGUGGAUCAAUUACUUAAGACCUGAUUUAAAGAGAGGAGCUUUCUCUUCAGAGGAACAAGACCUCAUCGUCGAGCUUCAUGCUGUUCUUGGAAACAGAUGGUCACAAAUUGCUGCGAGGCUUCCGGGGAGAACCGACAACGAGAUCAAGAACUUGUGGAAUUCGUGUAUUAAAAAGAAGCUUAGACAAAAAGGCAUCGACCCAAUAACUCAUAAACCUCUCUCCGAGGUUGAUGGAGACACAAACAUAAGCUUUAACCACAGUUCCACAAGCUUCUCUUCAGAAAGUAAUCAAGACUUCUUUGUCAAGGAACCAUCUGACUUUUCCGACUACUUGGCGUUUCAGAAGCAAGACACCAACUCUGUUUCGCAAUCUUCCAUGAUCGAUGGUUCUUCUGUCUCAAUUUCAGGAUUUGAGACACAGAGUUACGUGAAAUCAUCGAUUCCUCCGCGAGACAACACUUCAAGCACUAUCUCUGGGGAAGAUCAUGUACAAGUGAUAGAGCCUACUUGGGAAUCAAACUUUGGAACCACUAGCCACCUCGACAACCCUAGUCUGGAAGAAAUGAAAUGGUCCGAAGAGUAUCUAAACGAAUCGCUAUUCUUGAACCCGGUUUACGUGAAAUCAGAGACAGAUUUUGACUCCAACAUUGCGUUUCCUUGGAGCCAAAGUCAAGCUUGUGACGUGAUCCCCAAGGAUCUUCAGAGAAUGGUCUUCUCUUUUGGUCAGACCCUUUAGUUUCUUACCAGGUUUAGAUAUGGGUUCAUAUGAAUACGUAUAAUGGGAUCAAAUGUUCUAUUUGGUCACAAUUUUUUUAGUUUGAUAAUUUUAUUUUUUGUGCAAUACAUUUGUUGAAAAUAUCAUCAUGAUGCUGUCGACAAAUCAGAAAAGUUAAGUGUUUUCUUAAUC